GACAAUGACACAACAGACUCAAUGUAUUUAUGAUGAAUAUAUUAAGUGCGUAUACUCACACACAUUAAGUAUGUUAUUUCAAUACAAUAAUUGUGUAAACAAAAGAUUUAUAAUGACAAAAUAAUAUUUUAAGAAUAUGAAUAAUGACCCAUAAAUAUUUAGUAAUUUACUAAUUUCCAAUGUAGACCUUGAAUUAGGCAUAGUACCGAUCUGGGCCAGGAUAUAUAACACAACUACUUCACUAGGAGCUCCGGCCCAAGCCCAAGCCAUUUCCAUUUCGGUUUUCUCUGCGGAGUGCGGAGAAAUAGGCACAACUGCACAAGGCUCCCUCGCAGCGCCAUUGCUGUUGCAAAGCUUAGCCACUCCGCUCCUUUCUCGUCUCGUUUAGGGAUACGCUAUCUUCCGUCCACCAGGCGUUGAAACUAUAUCUGCAAUUCUGCAUCCUUUCGCCAUUGACAUCGAAGUAGCACGUUUGCCUGCUGUAUCUUCGAAGUUCAAGCAAUCAUGGCUCGUAACGAAGAGAAAGCGCAGUCCAUGCUGAAUCGUUUCAUAACCAUGAAAGAGCAAGAGAAGAAGAAACCCAAGGAGCGCCGCCCCUUCCUCGCUUCCGAAUGUCGGGACCUCGCCGAGGCCGACAAGUGGCGGCAGCAGAUCAUGCGGGAGAUUGGCCGGAAGGUCGCCGAGAUCCAGAACGAAGGCCUCGGCGAGCAUCUGUUGCGGGACCUGAACGACGAGAUCAACAAGCUGAUACGAGAGAAAUCUCACUGGGAGCGGCGUAUCGUCGAGCUCGGCGGGGCUAAUUAUGCCAAACAUUCCGCCAAAAUGACCGACUUGGACGGGAACAUUGUAGACGUCCCGAACCCUAGCGGUCGUGGCCCUGGGUACCGGUACUUCGGCGCGGCGAAGAAGCUUCCCGGGGUGAAGGAGCUGUUUGAGAAGCCGCCGGAGCUGCGGAAGCGGCGGACGAGGUACGAUAUCUACAAGAGAAUUGACGCGAGUUACUACGGGUAUAGAGACGAGGAAGAUGGGGUUCUGAAGAAAGUAGAGGGGCCGGCUGAGGAGAAGAUGAGGUUGAGGGAGGUUGAAGAAUGGCGGAGGAUGCAGGAGAUUAGAAAGGAGGCGAGGAGAGGAGCGACGGAGGUUGUGAGUGUUGGAGUUGGGGCGGCGGCUCAGGAGGUCCUGUUCGAAGAAGAGGAAGAUGUGGUGGAAGAGGAAAGGUUGAAAGAGAAGGAAGAGAAGGAGAAGAUGGAUAAGCAGAAAGAGUUUGUGGUUCAUGUGCCGCUGCCUGAUGAAAAGGAGAUUGAGAAAAUGGUGCUGGAGAAGAAGAAGAUGGAUCUCUUGAGUAAAUAUGCCAGUGAUUCGUUGCUGGAGGAGCAGAGUGAGGCGAAGUCAAUGCUCAAUAUUAAGCGCUAGGUGUAACGGUAUGCAAGUUGUUAAUUAGUUCACAGAGGCUAGACAUUUCCCCUUUCUGUAGUUCCUUGCUGAAUGUUAUGCUUUUUAAUGGCUAUUGAUGUGAAAUGAAUCAAGCUGUCAACUUUUUGCUAUGGCGGAGGAACUAUAUGAUUCUGGUACAUGAAUGUAACAGCAGAAGAAGGCAGCUUAAUUGAUAGGCACUUAGUCAGUUUUAGAUUGUGCUGCUUUGAGUUGAAUCUUCAGUCUUGUUGUCAUGUCUUUAGACACUUCUGGAAAGUAAAGAGGGGCUUGUCAUUCUUCUUAGUGCUGGUUGGGACUAUAGUAGUCAACAUAUCGACGGAGAGUUUAUUGUUCUUUCUAGUAUGAUCCUUGUGUGGAUACCUAUCCUCUAUGCUGAAGUACUAGAACUUGUUUCUUAUUUGGUUUAUGUCAGUGAGACCGUGAAUGAGGCAGGUUUCAGAUGUUUUUGUUUGAUGGUGGUUUUGAAUGUUAGGAGCUCACCACUGUGGCAAAAAAGUUUGUUUCGAGCCUUGGAGGCUAGGACCGGGAUUAAGAUGUUUGUUUGCUCUUAUUUGUAAGAGCUGUGUUGACUGUUGCUGAAAAUGAUUCUUUUCCUUUGUUCAGUUGGUCUCCAGGGUGUAAAUUAAUAAAUCAUCUCUGCAAACCUGCUGGUUGCUAGUGAUCAUGACUUGGUGUUCCAGUUGAAGAGGGCUUUGACACCUUCUUUUCCUUUCCCUCAUUCAUUGGUUUAGUUGUGCAAAAAAACUGUUUUGCUCAUGGUUAUGUUGGUGUAAGGGGCUUGGAAUAAAACUCUUUUUAAGUUAUACCGGUUUGGAAUCAAUGUAUAAUUAUCUUUAAAGCUAUGCUAGAAGAUGUUUGAGAGUUCAGCAUGUGACCCAAUUUCUGUACUGUUUUCUCCUCUUGGUCUACAAGUUGCUAAUAUUGAUAGCAAACGAAUUUUUUGCAGUGUCUGUCGAUUUUAAUUUUUAAUGUGAUUGGUAAGAAGGUAUUGUAUUAGAGUCAAUACAUCUCUGUUUAAAUU